AUGACUUCAGAGAAAUCGGAACGACCGCAAUCGGCAGCAGAUCAAGAUGAAAUAGUGGAACCGUCUGCCAGUCGUCUCCUCGUCGGACUCAGUUGGCUCGACCGCCUGUUACCGCUGAACGUAUUCCUUGCCAUGGUCAUUGGUAUCGUUAUUGGAAAGUUUGCCGGCAACACAGAGGCCAUCCUUGAAGGCGCCACUCUUGACGGUGUAUCUAUUCUGCAGUACGAGGCACUUCCCGAGAUUUUGAGAACGGCACACCUGUGGCGGCAAGUCCUCAUUUCCAUCGUCCUCAACUGGAUCGUGGCUCCAUUCAUCAUGCUGGGCAUUGCGUAUGCCACGCUGCCUGAUCAGCCUACGUACCGCACCGGUGUCCUCAUGGUCGGCCUCGCACGCUGUAUUGCCAUGGUCAUGAUCUGGAAUCAACUCGCUCGUGGAGAUACCAACUACUGUGCCAUUCUUGUCAUCAUCAACUCGAUCCUCCAGAUCGCCCUUUACUCGCCAAUGUCCCUGUUCUUUGUCAACGUCAUCUCCAAAGAGCACACUCUCAGGUUGGAGUAUGGAAAGACCGCCAUUGCCGUCCUCAUCUACCUCGGAAUUCCGCUCGUCGCAGGGGUUGUCACCCGAUUUACCAUGCUGCGCUUGUUGGGACGUAAACGCUUUGAGGGCGUGUUCCUUACCUGGUUCGGUCCGCUGGCACUUAUUGGUCUUCUUUACACCAUCAUUAUCAUCUGCUCUCAACAGGCCACCCGCAUCCUUGAUAACAUUGGCGUCGUGUUCCGUGUCUUUGUCCCAAUGAUCCUGUAUUUUGUGGUCAUGUGGACCGGGGUGUUCGUGGCCUUCUGGUACAUGAACCGUCGUCACCCCGACGGUGGCUAUGGCUACCCCAUUGCGGUUGUGCAGUCGUUUACGGCCGCUUCAAACAACUUUGAGUUGGCCAUUGCGGUCUGCGUGGCCGUUUACGGAGUUAAUUCGGAUGAAGCACUGGCAGCCACCAUCGGUCCACUUGUCGAGGUGCCAGUGCUCCUCCUUCUGACCUAUGUGUCGCUCAAGUUGAGAAAGGUGAUGAGCAUGCCUCGCGGACGCUCCAUUGACCGCACUCUACCGCCCACGCGCUCCCUCACAGCUCAACGAGACUACCGCGCACGCAAAGUUGCCAAACAGCGCGACCUCGAAGACUCGGUCGCCCAGCUCACGGCCGAAAAUGCUGCGCUGCGCGCCGAGGUAGCCGAUCUGAGAGCCCGUGUUGCCCAGCCCGACUGUCUCGUCCCCUCCCAACUCGAUGCCGUAGCCUCUGCGCAAGCCCAGCUGAUGGCAGCCCUCCAUCAGCUCGAAGGCGUCGCAUCGUCAACACUCAAACCACAUAACACCCUCGCUGCCCACCCGCUCCCUGUCAAUGUCACCCUCACUGUCUGA